CGGCAAGUCUUCGGUUUUCCUGUCGAAGCCAACCGAAGCCACGACCCCAACCAACGCCUAGAUCACCACCGUUGGGCAGGAGCGGGAGCCUAGGGUGCCCUCACUGUCGGAUGCUGGUAGCUUCAAAAUUCUACGCCCUUGAGAUUCUCCUUCAGAUUCAACGAGCCUGUACAACAGUUUUGAGACACCUCAAAACAGUACUAUUAUACCACUGAUUCAACGGGCUGCCAAACAGUUGACCAACAUCUCAAAACACGAUUAUUCUACCACUGUUACCGCACAUUCAACUGGCUGCAGAGCAGGUUUGAACAUCUCAAAACGCGACUUAUAUACCACGGAUUCAACGGGCUGUAGAACAGCAAAACGGAGGAAGAGUAUCGCUGCUACUCCCAGUGUGGGUGGACCGAGGAAGCUGUUCGCGACACUUUUUAAUCGGCGAUAGUAACCGACGAUUUCUGCACUGCGCGUCGGCGCGGCAUUGUCACGAGACAACGACCAGCAUGCUACAUUUACCACAAUGCCCCGGCUCGACCCGCGCGUCGAGCGGCGAUCACGCUUUGUCGGAACGGCGGCGAGACGAUGCGUGUCAACGUCGUAAUUCGUCCCGCCCCUUGCGACGAAACCUGCACCGAAUAGCUUUGCUGCUACCGUUGGCUCUCCUCUGCAUAUCCGCGUUGCACGGCGCAUCUGCCGGAAGAGCUCCGAAGAAAACUACCCCACGCAAACCCUCGCUGCCUCCGACGCCUCCGCCGCCACCGGACUGCACUUUCGCGCAGCCGCUCUCCGCCUUUUCGCUCUCCGGCGAUGCGCUAAGCGGGACAUACAAGGCGUGCCCGGCCAUAAACCUAACCGCCGACGCGGCGUCGCUGGCGGGCGGCGCGCUCAACCCCUCCGCCAUUCUCCUCACGGACCGCGCCUCCCCCGCUUCCGCCUCCUCAAGCUGCAAACCGCUCGCGUUCUCGGCGUCGUUCGCGUUCGCAAUCGCGACCGCGAAGGGCGGCGCGGGGAAGGCGGGCGUGGGGCAGGGGCUGACGUUCUUCGUGACGGCGGACGCGGCGUGGAAGGCGGGCGGCAACGGCGGGCUCCUCGGGUGGGGCAACACGAGCGACGCGCCGAGCUUCGCUGUGGAGUUCGACACGUUUAAGGACACGUGGGAGAACGCAAUUCCCUCGCCGCACAUCGGAUUCAACCUGAACGCGUCCGUCAAAUCCGUGAACGCCAGCAAGUCAGCCAUCCCCGCUAUAAGCGACCCCAAGACUACAAAGUACAUCUGGAUCGACUACACUCCGGCCAGCAGAACACUCUCCGUGCAGCUCAACACUGCCAAGAAACGCCCCACUAAGAACAGCUUCGUUACAAGCUUCGACCCAUGUACACUUUUCCCAGCUCCUCAAGACAACCCCACCAGCAGCACGCCACUGUACAUGGGGUUCAGCGCGGCUACUGGCGCCAAGUACUACUCCGCGCACACGCUGCUAGGGUUUGACGUCACCGCCACCGCUGCUGGCGGCGGUGGUGGUGGUGGGAGUGGGAAUGGCACUGACAGUGGUUCUGGGGGUGCUGAUGGUGCUGGUGGUGGUGGGGGCGGGAGUGGGAAUGUGACUUCAGGAGGAGGCGGGGGAGCAGGAGAUGCCUCGGCCAAUCCCAACCCCCCGCCAAGCUACUUCCCCACUCGUGUGGGCGGUCGCUCCCUGGGAGGCCUACCUGUGCCGCGCAACGACUCGCGGCCGAAGCUGAACAAGUGGUUCCACUACGCGUCGGUGUCGCUGAGAAUCGAGCCCAGCAACAACACGGCCACGUGGGCGUUCAAGGAGCACUCCGACGUCGACUGGCGGGCCAACCUGACUGCCGUUGUUGAUCAAGACUCACCUAGUAUCUGCAGUUCCUGCUGGGCCUUCGCAGCGGCCACAGCCAUCGACGGCGCGCUGCUGGGUUUCGGCAUCCAGCCGCCGCAGCGCGUGUCGGUGCAGCAGAUGCUGACAUGCGGCAGCGGCGAUUGCGAGGGGGGGUUCACCACGGAUGCGUUUGAAUACGCCAUCGCACAGCCGCUGGUGUCGGCUGCUGUCUACCCCUAUGUGGCCAAUGACAGCACAACAUGCAACAGCGCCCUUGUCCAGGCGAACCAGCCUGGAGUGGCCAAGGUGCGCUUCUACGAGCGCGCCAACCUGCUGGGGCCCAUCGGGCUCAUCCUGGCGCUGCAGUUCCAACCGGUGGUGGUGCACGUGGAGGCGGACCAGGACUGCUUCCUUGACUACAACGGGACGUACAUCUUCACGGAUAAGACGUGCUUCGCCAACCGCAUGGUGAACCACGUGGUGCUGCUGGUGGGGUACCACCUGGAGGAGGCGGGGAAGCCGGGGAGCUUCUUCAUUCUGAGAAACAGCUGGGGAACCACCUGGGGCGACCAGGGCCACAUGAAAAUCGGCUUUGAGCGCUCGCCCUUUGGGUACUGCGGCAUGUGGAGUGAACCGGGCUACUACCCCUUGCUGCCUGCCGUGCCUGGCAAGUGGUGUGCCGGCUUCCCAUGUGGCGCGGGGGCAUGCCACGACCCGCCUCUGCAGCAGUCGAAGCCGGGGGAGCCACCCAAGUCCUACAGCUGCGACUGCGGCAAGGAGCCGUUCCUCAUCCCCGCGGUGAACGUGGACGGAAGCGAUACCUGUAUAGUCAAGACGGUGUGCAUGCUGCAGAUGCAGAACCCGUGCGGCGCGGGCAAGUGCGUAGACGACGGCAUCGGUGGCUACAACUGCUCAUGCCCCGCCAACUACACCUCCACUGCUCGUCCGGACGGCACCGCCACCUGCAUUCCUCCGCCCAUCGCCUCCACCACGUACACAAUCCAAGAGGGCGACAGGUGUGACUCUAUCUGUGCCGCCAACAACAUCACCACCGAAGAAUUCCAAAAGAUGAAUAAGGCCAUCAACUGCAGCAGCAACCUCACAGUGGGCGUGACAGUCAAUGUGACGUCAGCAUCGGCUGUGAAGAUGUGCAUCAACUACUACACCGUGCAGCCGGACGACACGUGCACGUCAAUUGCCACCAAGUUUUCUCUCACCAACCUCACCGCUCUCAACCGUGCCAUUAACUGCAACAACCUCACAGCCACGCCACAGGUGUGCGUGGAGGAGGGUCAAGCCAUUCCCAAAGCCUCUGUCACCACAGUGUGCACGGAGUACUACACACUGAGCGCCACCGACACAUGUGCGAGCGUGCAGAGCACUUAUGGCCUCAAGGCGUCCGAGCUCUACAAGCUCAACCCCGGGCUCAACUGCAACAACCUCAUCGACUACUCCGACUCGUCGCUCUGUGUAGCACAAGCCAAGUUCGGCGCCUCCAAGUGCAGCAAGCGGUACACAGUGAAAUCCGGCGACACGUGUGCGUCCCUCAUCUACAAGUACUUCCGCGGGAAGACCUCGUACGUGAGCAAGCUCAACAGCGGCUACGUGUGUACGUCGUCCACGCUCUACGUCGGGCUCUCUCUCUGCGUCUACAACUUGUAACCACCUCCACUGCCACCGCCACCGUGUUUACUUCAUUAAUAUCUCGUGUGUCAGCUCACUCAGCAGUAGCUGCGCCUGCUCCUCCGCUCUCGAUGUCGGCUUCUCGCUCUGCGUGUACAACUUGUGGCCGCCGGCGCCCGGUUGUGUUUUGAUAGGCGUAAUACUUCUGCUUGUACUGUACGUAUGUAGUAUAGUAUGUAUGGCACCCGUUUUCCCCCACUGAGAUGGUAAGCCGUCGCCAGCGAGCAUGGAUUUUGAUUUGCACCUAUACGUAUUGUAGCCAAUUCAUUUGUAUUGUAGCCAAUUCAUUUGUAGCGUAGCCAAUUCCUUUGCGUUGUAGCCCUUUUCCAGUG